UCACUAUGUUAUAAUAUUCACUUUUUUUAAUUUUAUUUCAAUAUUUAGGGUUUUAUUUAUACAUGUUUACUGUUUUAUAUAUAAUCAGUGCUGAACAAAAGAUUUGGCUUAAAGAAGAUUAAAUUUUUUUAUCAUAAAACGGAGUUGAUCGAAAUUUUUUUUAUUAUUAUUAUUUUUUUUUUUUUCAAAAAAAAAAGCCUACCAUUUUUUUGGUAUUUUUUCGCAAAAUCUGCGUACUUUUCAUGUUGUGAAACUAUUCUUCUUUAACAAUAUGAUUUAACUGGUCUACUAUAUGUAGAAUGUUAGCUUUUAUUUUGCAAUAAGGCAUGUCUUUUGAUAUAAAUCAUAUUUUAAUUAUUCAAAAAGUAUGGCGAGGUUACAAAGUUCGAAAAAAGUUGUUCGAAACGAGGAACGAAUUUAUAAGUAUCGUAAAGCACAUUGACAAUACGGUAGGAAAAAAAUCAAACGUCUUUUUCCCGUAUUAUUCAUUAUGUAUGCCUUCUUUUCAAAAAGAAAGUUAUUUUGAAAAUAAUGAUGACGGUGGCAUAUAUGAAAAUUCAAAAACUCUAGCACAAUGUGGUAAGAAAAAUUUUGAAGAUAAAAAUGAAACCAAUAAAAAUAUGAAGCAAUUUGAGUUCAAUAUUCAACAUAGCAGUUCACCUUUAAAAGAAACUUUUCUAAAAAAUAUUCCUUUAAGUUCAGGAAAUGUCUUAUCGGAUAGCUGGUUAUCUAAUAAAUCGUUUAACAAAGAAAAUGGAACAACAGCCGUUGAAGAUACUUCAACAUUAUCAAGAGAAGAUCUGUGUUUAGAAAUAAUGUGGAUUAAUCAAGCUAUUAAUAGCAGAAAAAAUUAUUUGAAAUUAAAAAACGAUCAAAUAUAUAAAUAAUUUCAGAAUGACAUUUUUUAUAAAUAUUUUCCUAGAUGUGUUCAAUGUUCAAAAAUUAUUUUUUAUUUAGUGUAAAAUAAAUUUAAUGAAGUUAUUAACAAAAAUUAUAUUUAAGCGUAUGUCUUUUUUAUGGUUAUGCGUAGUAGUAACACUAAGUGUUACUAAACACAAUUGCAUUGAAGCAAAAUUUACGGUUUUUUAUUUUGAAUAUGAAACUUAAUUACGAUAGUUAAUUUUGAAUAUGAAACAUAAAUACGAUAGUUUUA